AUGAAGAGCCUGUCCAGCAGUUCUCUUGCUGACAACGGAGGAGACACUAUGUUGCCCUGGGACAACACAUUCGAUCCUGUCAGUUACGAAGUAUUUCAACUGUUUAACUUUGUGGCACAAUGUGUUGUCAAGCCGCUGAUUAUAUUGGCUGGCAUUCCGUCCAACAUCAUCAACACUGUGGUCUUCUGGCGCCAGGGGCUCACAGACCGCAUGAACUUCUGUCUCUUCUGUCUGGCACUCGCUGACCUCCUGUAUUUGUUGUCCCUCCUUAGUGUGGCACAGAUUGGACCCUUCAUUGAAAUCACAGACGUCUUGCUGGGCAAAGAAGUUUAUUACAAGUCUCUGCAGUUUGGCUUAGGAAUCCGAGACGAAAUGAGAACUAUGGCAGGCUGCAUCACUCUAGUCAUCGCCAUUGAACGCUGUGUGUGCGUUUAUCUCCCCCUACGAGCAUCUUCCCUCAUGAGAACUCGCACCAUGGCGGCGCUGCUCGCUUCCAUAUUCAUCUUCAUUCAGCUUGGCUUUGUUUACAGUUUCUUUCAUUAUGAUAUUUACGCCAAGCGCAGCAACAGUACAAACCAAACACUUUACUGGGUUCUGGAACUGUCUACGACUUACAAGAAGAACUAUUUGUUAUUCCGUGGCUUUGAGGUUUGUCUGCUGACUAUUCUUCCCCCUUGUAUAUUCAUUAGCAUGUGUCUGGCGACUGCUGCAACCAUCUUGAAGUUAAGGACCGCCAUACUGUGGCGGCAGAAGACGAGUUCAAUGGGAAGUGGUCAUCAGGUGCAGCAGAUGGCGCUGAUGAAGAUGCUUGUAUUUGUGUCGUGUAUAUACAUAGUAACUUCAAUACCAUAUGUGGCUCUCAUUAUGACCUCGGCCUUCAUACUGGACUUUGACCUCGGGGGUCGGUACCAGAACAGUUUUCUGACGAUGGGCGUGGAAGAGGAGGGAAGUCCCCAAGGAGAAUUUCCCACUGACAGUCUAGCUCUUACUCCACAGGUGUGCUGUCUCGUGUGA